CUUUCGUGCUCUUUCAGGAGAGAGCACUGGAAGUUGCUCGGGAACCUGAAGACCACCGUGGAGGGCCUGGUCUCCAUCAACCAUCCCAACGUCUGGUCUAAAUAUGGCGGCCUGGAGCGGCUCUGCAGGGACAUGCACAGCAUCCUCUACCACGGACUCAUCCCGGACAAGGUGUGUUUCCGGCAGAAGGACUACUGGCAGUUUGUGAAGGACAUCCGUUGGCUGAGCCCCCAUGCCGCCCAUCACGUGGAGAAGUUCAUCCACCUGCACGAGAGCAGGCAGCGCGACGCGGAUGUCGUCAGCGACCGAGCCGUAGCCGAGCUCUGGCUCCAGCACAGCCUGCAGUUCCACUGCCUGUCGGCUCAGCUGAAACCCCUUCUGGGAAACAAGCAGUGCAUCAAGAAAUUCUAUGCAGAUUCGGCUUUUCUGCUCAGCGACGCCCACGUCACAGUCAUGUUGCAGUGCUUGGAGGCUGUGGAACAGAAUAACCCUCGUCUGCUCGCUCAGAUCGACACCACCAUGUUUGCAAGGAAGAGCGAGGCGUCCAUGCCCGUCCUCAAGAGCCAGAGCCUCACGGCACUCCCUGGAUCCGUGUGCACCCCUCCCGCAGAGUGCGUGACCCACCGAUACUUCGGCUCCUUCUCAGGUCUUCACUCCGCCUCUGCCAGCGUGCAAGACAGGAGGCCGUCAGGCAUCAUGACUUCGGCCUGCAUCGGUUCCAGCCAGCCUCAGGAAAAUGCCCCGUGUGCCUCGUCCCACUGGUAUCCGGAGGGGAGGUCCCCCCGCCACCCUGCUGCUGCCGCUGCCCUUCCGCACUUUACCGUCUCUCCCCCGUGGGACUCUUUCCCCCCUGCCGUCUCCGCCAACCAGAACGACGAUCCCUGGGCGGGCAGCCAGGAAGACACGGACGGGCCGGAGUACUUGGCCAUCGGGAAUCUGGGCCGGCAGAACCGGGCCUGUCGAAGCCCCAGCGAGUCCAGCGCGGCCGACACCAACAGCACCGAGAGCAGCACGUCCAACCUCUUCUCUUCCAGCAGCUCUCAGAAGCCGGAGUCGGUCUCGUCCCUGGGGGAGCAGGGGGCGAGCGGGGGAAGCAGCCGGGGGGCCAGCCUCUUGCGGAGAUCCAGCUUCUCAGAAGGACAGACGUUGACCCCCCACCGGAUGCACAAGAGGAGCCACGUCCGCUCCCACUCGGAUACCAACGUGGCCUCCGGGAAAGCUCUCGGAGGGCACAGGGAAAUCAGCAUUAUACUAGAAGAGCCCGUCGCAGAGUCCCAUGGCGACAUCUCCCGGUUCAAAAGCGACACGUCCUGCUCUGUACAGGGAGGUGAUGCAAGCGCACCCGGUUCCGCCUACAUGGAAUAUGAUGCUGGGCAAUAUCUAAAUUCUGGGGACGGGAUGUUUCGGAGACCCUCUGAAGGGCAAUCCCUGAUUAGCUAUUUGUCUGAGCAAGAUUUUGGCAGCUGCGCAGACUUGGAAAAGGAAAACGCCCACUUCAGCAUCUCGGAGUCGCUCAUCGCCGCCAUCGAGCUGAUGAAGUGCAACAUGAUGAACCGGCAGCUGGAGGAAGAGGCGGACGACAGCGAUAAGGAGAUCCAGGAGCUGAAGCAGAAGAUUCGCAUCCGGAGGCAGCAGAUCAGGACCCGCCAGCUCCACCCGGCUUACCAGGAUGUCAGCUCCGACAGUUUCAUGGCAACAGACAGCGGGUCCCAGUUCAGCUCCCGAGACUCAACACGUCUGUCUGACUCGGGCUCCGCAGAAGAGGUGGAUGAGUAUGAGCUCAAAGAUGGUAACGAUGGAUCUAACCUGAUUCAAAUGUCCAAGAACGGCCUGUCAGUCUCAAUGGCUUCCUUGUUUUCAGAUGCAGAUAUCAAGAGGGACACGGCUCCCUGCAAGAAGUCCUUCCUCUCCUCUGGUUCCAGCUUCCACUCCUUCCUUCACUCCAACUCGGCGGAGGCAGUGGCCAUGGGCCUGCUGAAGCAGUUCGAAGGGAUGCAGCUUCCGGCAGCCUCGGAGCUGGAGUGGCUCGUCCCGGAGCGGGACGCCCCACAAAAGCUGUUGCCGAUCCCAGAUUCCGUUCCCAUCUCCCCCGACGAUGGAGAACAUGCCGAUAUUUACAAACUCCGAAUCCGGGUGCGGGGAAACCUGGAAUGGGCCCCCCCACGACCGCAGAUCAUCUUCAACAUUCAUCCGGCCCCAACGCGGAAAGUGGUUGUGGCGAAGCAGAAUUACCGCUGCGCAGGCUGUGGGAUCAGGACAGACCCCGAUUACAUCAAGCGCAUGCGCUACUGCGAGUACCUGGGCAAAUACUUCUGCCAGUGCUGCCACGAGAACGCCCAGACGGCCAUUCCCAGCCGCAUCCUGCGCAAGUGGGACUUCAGCAAGUAUUAUGUCAGCAAUUUCUCCAAGGACCUGCUGAGCAAGAUCUGGAGCGACCCCCUCUUCAACGUGCAGGACAUCAAUGCCGCCCUCUAUCGCAAGGUCAAGCCGCUCAACCAGGUCCGACUGUUGAGGAUCCAGCUGUACCACAUGAAGAACAUGUUCAAGACCUGCCGCCUUGCAAAAACGCUUCUGGAUGCCUUCGACAGCGUUCCUGGCCAUCUGACGGAGGACCUGCACCUCUAUUCUUUGAACGACCUGAGCGCUACCAAGAAGGGGGAGCUGGUGCCCCGCUUGACGGAGCUCUUCAAGGCAGGGACCUUGCACGUCGAGAAGUGCAUGCUGUGCCAGGCUAAAGGAUUCAUCUGCGAGUUCUGCCAGAACGACGAAGACAUCAUCUUCCCCUUCGAGCUGACUAAGUGCCGGACCUGUGAAGAAUGCAAAGCCUGCUAUCACCGAGCCUGCUUCCGGAAGGGGCCCUGCCCCAGAUGCGAGCGACUCCAAGCACGGCGAGAGAUGCUGGCGAAGCAGAGCAUGGAGGCUGACCUCUCCGACUACGAGGAGCAGGGGGGAGAGGAGGAGCCGGCGGCCACGUGACGGUGGGGAGCCCGCCUUCGGGCGCUGGGCCUCUGCUCCCCAAACCCGAACCGACAACUACCUUGAACUGACAGUCCCGAAAGCCGACGUAACGUCUGGAUCCCCGAGGGGCUGGGCGUGUGUGUGCGCGUGUGUGCGUCUUAUGCACUCGGCUCAGGCAGUUCUGGUUUUCUAUUUGGCCUGAGCCGCGGCGCUGGGGUGGGGGGUUGGAGGGGUGGCGUACGUGUGGCAGAGCGUUGCCGCUUCCGCCACCGCCACCACCAUCAAUGCACUACGAAGCAAGGCCUCUCCGCAGCCGCAAAGGGAACUGGGGGGCAGCCGGUUGCGUCCCAACUAGCCUUGUAAUCAGAUCUCGUGGGGGAAGGGUGUCCUGGGAAUGCCCCACAAAAUUCCGAAAGGGAAAACAACACACUUGAAUCGUUUAGCUCGUCCUGGCUAGAAUAGGCGCCCGUCAGGGGGGUUUCCUCUUGCCAAAACACCACUGCCUAUAGCCCUGGAGACUUGGCUUGCUGAGCUGUCAUUUAGCCCUCCCUCCUUUUUGUGCCUGGGGGGUAGGGGGAGCGAGGAGCAGCACGCGGCCUGGCCUCUCACGACCCAGCAGUGUCGAAAGCCAGCCGAGAGCGAGCGGGGAGUCCUCCUGCGGUUUAGCCGACAGCGUCCGACGGUUUCUCCCACCUGCAGCCCCCUCCUCUUGCCCGAGAGGCCACGGUUUGCACUUCCUCCUCGCUUUCUUUUGCCUUCCUCUCUCCUUCCUUCCAUCCUGCCUGAAACGGGUGCCGUGCGCACAGCAGAGCGCGGGAAGAACGAACUGGUAGACUCCUCGGCUACCGAAACGGGCUGCUCCGCUUCUGAAUAUUAAAGUUGGGGGGCGCGAUUGUCAAAAACUCUACAAAUUAAAAAGAAAAAGAGGGAACAGGC